AUGACGUUGCUUACGGCAUUCAGUAUCAUGGACCUGUCGCUUUUGCCCGAAGAAGUGCUUGUCAAUGUGCUUCGGCAGACGUCUCCGACUACGGUCAUCACCGCAAAACGGCUCAACAAGAAGCUGCACAGAAUUGUCGAACGCAAUCAUCUGGCUAAACCUCGUGUCGACGAUUUCAAUGUCGAAAUGCGAACAUUCCACGGGCGAACACGACCCAUUGGGAAAUUACAGUUGAAGAACAACGCUGGUACGGUACAUCGCCGAGUGGUGGUGACGAUGAAACGAAAGAACAAAAGUCGUCAGGUGGUCGAAGAAGGUGUCGAGGGACCAAGCAACUCGUCCGGCACACAUCUCAUUGCGGAGGAGAUGAAAAAGGUGCUGCUCUACGAAAGACUGUCCUUUGACGGCGUCACUGCCGAUACCGAGUUCUUCAACAUGCUCACAGCAAAAUGGAAUGAUUUGAGGUUAGUGUUAAGUAAUUCGGCCAAAUACAGAAUUCUCGCUUACCAUCUGAUACGAAUUCAAAAAAAAAACCGAUCUGAAAAAUAA